AUGUUGGUAUUGGUAGAGUUGCUGUUAAUAGUAUUGCCUGAAGUGAUGUGCAAGAAUCCUAGCCUUCAAUGUGACUUUCAGGAGCCUCUUCCUAUUCGGCACACCUAUCAUCAGCUUGGCGACAUUAAUAUUGCUGGCAUUAUUUCUGUCUUCUUUGCAUCUUCCAAUCCCAUUGAUUUCAUUCAAGAUCCUUCUCAGGAAUUUCAGGAUGGACUUGUGGUAUUUUUUCAGAAUUACCAGCAUAUCCUGGCCUUAGCAUUUACUAUGAAACAGAUAAAUGAAAAUCUCCAGAUCCUAACUAACAUCACGCUGGGCUUCCACAUUUUUAACAGCAAUUUUAGUCCCACCUGGACUUACUUUGCUUCAAUGGUUCUACCCUUCACUCAGGGAAAAUUCAUCCCUAACUACAAGUGUGGGAUCACAAAUACUUUGGCUGCAGUCAUUGGGGCACCUGACAUCUCCCUUCACAUGGCAACUGUGCUGUGUAUCUACAAAGUUCCUCAGUUGAUAUAUGGCUCUGCUCCAGCCAUGAAUAAAGAGACUCAAACAGUUUUCUUCCAACAAAUGUUUCCAAAUGAAUCCCACCAACGCAAGGGCCUCCUGCAGUUAUUGCUGUAUUUUAGAUGGAUCUGGAUUGGAAUUCUUCUGGUAAAGGAUGAAAAAGGAGAGAAAUUCCUCCAGGAGAUGCUCCCCACAUUUGCAGAGCGUGGCAUCUGCAUUGAAUUCACAGCAGAGUUACCAAAUGUAGCUUUUUAUAGUGAUUUUACUGAUAUGUUAGAUGAAGGAUUACAUAUAUUCCAUGUUCUCAUGAACAGCACAGCCAAUGUGAUAAUCUUGUAUGGUGAAACUCAGUCCUUAGCAGUUCUGAGAACUUUCCUCCAGUUUUCAGAAGUGGAGGAUUUGCCAAAGAAGAAAAAGAUCUGGUUUAUAACUGCUCAGACAGAUUACACAUCAGUUGCCGUUCAUAAAUCUUGGGAUAUCCAUUUUCUACAUGGUGCUUUAUCCUUUGCAGUUCACACAAAGGGGAUCCCAGAAUUCCAUGAAUUUCUUCAGAACUUGAAUCCAAACAACAACCAGCAUGAUCAUUUUCGAAAAGUUUUUUGGGAACAGGCAUUUGAUUGCUUCUUUUCAAACUUGGAAACUGAGACCUCUGAGAAAAAGUGUACUGGACAGGAGAGGCUUGAAACUCUUCCCACAUCUGUGUUUGAAACACUAAUGAGCGGCCAGAGUUACAAUAUUUACAAUGCAGUCUAUGCUGUGGCACAUGCUUUGCAAUCUCUCUGUCUAUACAAAUCCAGAGGAACAACAAUAAUGAAAGAAAGAAGGAAAUAUUUUCACAAUCAAGUGUGGUGGCAGGUUCAUUCUUUUCUGAGAAGUGUCAGAUUCAACAACAGCGUUGGUGAAAAGAUCUCCUUUGAUAAAAAUGGAGAGUUCAUUGGUGGAUUUGAUAUUAUCAACUGGAUCACAUUCCCAAACCAGUCCUUUGCAAGGGUAAAAGUUGGAGUGAUAGAUCCCACAGUUCCAGAAGAGAAGUUCUUCAAUAUUUCUGUAGAUUCGAUCACAUGGCCAGUAGGCUUUAAUCAGGAAUUACCUUCAUCUUUGUGUAAUGAUCCUUGUGAGACGGGAUACAGCAAGGCCAAGAAAGAAGGGAAGUUGUUUUGUUGCUAUGAUUGCCAUCGGUGUGCAGAGGGGAAAAUAUCAAAGGAGAAGGACAUAGAUGACUGUUCUCCAUGUCCAGAAGGUCAUUAUCCAAAUCCUGGCAAAAAUAUGUGCAUUCCAAAGCGGAUCACCUUUUUGUCCUAUGGAGAACCUUUAGGGAUCAGUCUGACUGUUCUUUCUCUUUACUUUUCUUUAAUGACAACUUUGGUAAUCACAAUCUUCAUGAAACACAAAGACACUCCCAUCGUCAAAGCCAACAACCGGAAUCUCACUUAUACACUCCUAGUUUGUCUUCUCCUCUCUUUCCUUUGUGUCUUUCUAUUUGUUGGGAGGCCCAAUACGAUUGUGUGUCUCUUUCGACAACCAGCUUUUGGCCUCAUCUUUUCUGUGGCAGUUUCUUGUGUAUUGGCCAAAACCUUUGUUGUAGUUCUAGCUUUUAUGGCCACCAAACCUGGUUCCAAAUUGAGGAAAUGGGUGGGUGGAAGAAUGGUCAGCUACAUUAUUCUUUCCUGCUCCUUUGUUCAAAUAUGUGUUUGUGCUGUGUGGCUGAUAAGAUUCCCACCAUAUCCAGAUUUUGAUACGCAGUCAAUGUCUGAAGAAGUCAUCUUGGAGUGCAAUGAAGACUCUGUCAUGUUCUACUGUGUUUUGGGCUUUAUGGGUUUCCUUGCUCUGGUUAGCUUCUCUGCUGCUUUUCUAGCUAGGAAUUUACCUGACAGUUUCAACGAAGCCAAAUUCAUCACCUUUAGCAUGUUGGUCUUCUGCAGUGUUUGGCUGUGCUUUAUUCCAACCUACCUAAGCAGUAGGGGAAAAUAUACAUUGGCUGUGGAGAUCUUCUCCAUGAUCUCCUCCAGUGCAGGAUUAUUGGUCUGUAUAUUUCUGCCCAAGUGUUUUAUUAUCGUGAUGAGACCUGAACUGAAUGAUAAACACCAGCUCAUGAAGAGAAAGUUUUAA